AUGCGAAGCUCAGCCUCCACUCCGGGACUCUCGACGGUCGGCCUCGGGAAGUUCAACAUUGCUGCGCUGCACCAGGUGAUCCAGCAGCCGGACGCCAACAACACGACAGAGCAAUAUGACGACUUUUUCCCUGGGGGUCUCGGCGUACCGGACAGUUUCCAAGGCCUGGACCCAGAGGAAAAUCGACCGCCGGCAGAGCUUUUCGUUUGGGGCCAAGAACGAGCGAGAAGGGAUCGGACCGAGCCAGUCCACUCCCCAACCUCUAAUCCUACGUCGAAAGGUGGCGAUCCCAUCGCCGCGGGAGCAGACCCCACUGCAGGUCUGCCGGGGAUACAUCGAUCGGCAACGGCAGCGGCAGGCCGCCCUUUCACGGUCACCGCAGGCAUGAAACGAAGGGGCUUGGCUACCGCAGGCGGCGAGCCUCCCUGCGUAGGAGGUCAUCGAGCUGGUGGGGCCGGCGGGGCCGGCAGGCGGAGGUCGUCAACGGAGGGAGGGGUACCGAUUGCCACCCGUAGAAACAACUAUUCGGCGGUGAGAGCUAGCCAGGGAACCUGGCAGUUUAUCGCCAGGGCGAAAUCGGUGCGGGAGACGCCUGUUUCUAGGGGCGAUGCUUCUAGUCUUGUUCGAGAGUUCGAGGCCGCCAUGGCGGUCAUGGACAACCAUGUCGGGGGUCGGGCGGAAGGUCGCCACGGGGCUUUCAUGAGUCCAAUGCAAAAUGAUAUGCACGGCUUGCAGCAGGAGGUCAGCAGAACUUUCGACGCUCGACAGGCUGUGGUAGAGGCGGUUGAAAUCGUGGAUCGAUGUGUAGGUAGUGCAGGGAGGGCAGGGGGUGGCAGCGGUGGGGGGUCGCAGCAGGGACGUUGGCAAGACACGGGUGGAGGGAACCCGCUGUCGGAGUCGACCAUUGAAGAUUCUGUGCAAGAUUUGGGAGGGCCUUCGCUAGAUUUGACAGGCGAAUGGGUCAAGCGUGCGGUGGGUAUCGGCCCCGACGACUGGGCUGCUGCCAAGCGUAUUCUCGGGAGCUGUCUUUUCGAACAAAAGUGGCUAGACCUAACGUGCGGGGAGCUCGCCGACCAGGUCACCGUUAUGUGCCUGCCACACGGGCGGCUGCUCCAGGAACUGCGCCAGCGAAACGCAUCGACGUUCAACCGCCUGCACGGACUGUACAGCGACUGCUUGUGGACGCUGGACAGGUGCGUGGCGAGUGUGCUAGAGGGGCGGAGGGAGAGAAAGCAGGCGGAGGAGGAUUGGACCAAAAAGCUCGAGAAAACGUGCGCAGAUUACGAGGCCAAAAUCAAGGCCAUCCAUGACAGCCGAGGUUUCGAGGAACAGGAGCAGGCGCGGGCUAAGAGAGAGGCGAAGGCGCACGUGGAUAGGAUGGGAGACACGCUUCGUACCCUGAAUGGUAUCUUCAAGACAAUGCAGGCGGAUGGUAAAGCAAUGACCGAGGUAGACCUCAAGGACCGGUGCAGAUCCCUUGAGCAGGAGUUGGCGUCCCGGAGAGAAGAAAUGCAGGAACUCCGGAGAUUAAAAGAGAAACACCUGGAAACGGAGGCAGAGAUGGAGCAGGUGAAGCUAGAACUACAAAAGACGAAGUUAGAGGCGGUCAAGAUCAAGGAGGAAAUGGAACGGCGGCAAUCGCUUGUAAAGGAGCUCAUGGACAACGAGGCCAAACGUCUCACCGAGAUCGAAACCUUGAAGGCGGGAACCGACAGAGUAGUCGGAGGCGAUGAAGAUGAUGGAGAAGGCGAGGAGCGAGAGGGAGACCAUCCCAAAGGCGAGAAGGCGUCUAUCAAGAACAGAAACAAACGUCGCCACAAAGAGACCAACAGUGGUUCGAGCGGAACUGGGGGCUCGAACGAAAACUCGAAGGAAAGCGGCGGCGAAUCGGGAAGAGCAGGAAGCGAUGACGAUGACGAUGACGAACGAGAAGUAGGCUCUUCCGUGUUAUGCAUAAAGUGCCGCAAGGCUUUGGAUGACCUCAGCAAUAUUGCCGAUGCGCUGGAGAAAGAGCGGCAACUGAAGGGACAGACUCGGCUGCAGUGCCACGGGUACCGCUUGCUCCUGCCCAACCUCAAGGGAUACAGACCGCCGAGGACGGUGGCGUGGGUACGGACGGUAAUGCGAGCCAUCCUGAGGGCAAAGAUCUGGGACGACAGCGUGUUGCGGUACAAGCAGGACCUCCGAGUGCGCUUCCCCGAGUUCACCUACGCUUGGUUUGAGCCCCCAAGGGCCGUAAUGGCAGCUGCGAACGCCAACGUUAGGUCCAAGCUUGUGGCACAGGCGGAUGACGACCGGUGGGGACUAUACUACGGAGUGAAGUCGCUGGCACGUGAGAGCGCCGAGGCGACUCUCUUCUGGCACGCUCUGAACGAGAGCAACGGAGAGGACUAUUUAACGUUCCUCGUGUACUGCUUGGCCAUUGUGGAGGGCACCGCGGGGUCUAUGCUUCGAGACCAAUGGGGAGUCAGUGCUACGUGCACCGACCUGCACACGCUCCAGCGCCAGGUCCAAGAGGCUCAGGCUGUUGUGGAACGUUCAGCCAGCAAAGCGGGUAGCGCCAUCGGGACCGGGGCUGGGGGUGUGACUCUGCGGGGAGAUGGAAGAGGAGACGUGAAGGAGCAGCUUGAGCCGAUGGCCAGCGGCACAGACGUGGUUUGGUUGCGUUCGAGCGACGCCGUGGAAACGGUUGACCGCAUUCUUGUUAAGGCUCUGGAAGACCAAAAGCGCAGGGUGCUGGACGCGACGAAGGCCAUCUCGGUGUCUUGCGAGGGUCGCCUAACAGACCAAGACCCUUCGUCCACCUGUGUCGACUUGUUCCUGUUCCUGCGCAUCCUGCUUCAUUCCUUCAAGGAGGAGCAGGUCAACAGACGGGCGGCGGUACGGCUCAUGUUCGAGACGGCGUCAACGGGCGUCCUCACGGACGGCACACCAAUCUACGGGGACGGGAGGGUGGAUCAGAGCGCCCUAGCGGCCGCAGAAACCGUGUACAACAGCCUCUUGAACGAAACCAAGGCCGUGGUGGACCUGCCGCAGUUCAUGGUGAUCGCCCGAACGCUGUGGCCGGAGGUGACUACCUCAGAUGUUGUUGCCGUGUUCCGGGACGCGCACGAGGACACAAACGGGGAGGUGGACUACCAAGCGUUCUUGAAGUUCGCGGACCGGUGGCAAUUCUUCAGUAACGCCCUCCAGCUGCCGGUUCACAUGCCGAGCCGGGCCGACCUCGGAGAAGAGAUGGACGCCGCCACCAGGAGCAACCUAGGCGCCCUCGUGCACCGCCACUACAACCUCAUGAAGCCUGCGAUGGACACCGUGAAGCAGACGAUGCCCGAGAGCGCCGUGAAGCAGCUCGUCAAGUGCCAGAGAGCCGUGGAGAGGGAGCUCAACGAUGCGUACACGGUCACGCAAGACUCUUCCACUGGAUCACAGUCAUCCAAAUCAAGACAACGUGAGAGCGGCAGCAGCGGAGAGGAUGGGGCGCUAGAGCCAACCCCGGCUCUGUCUACCACGUCCAUGGACGGCACAAGACCCCUGGCGGCAUAUCGGAGGCUAUUGGCGAUUCUUUACCACAUCAGAAAUGUCAGGCACGAGUCCGGGCCAGGGUACGAGACGGUGCCCGGGAAGGGUACAAACGUGGUGCAGAAAACAGAAGCCGAGUUCAAAGCUCUCGAGACCGUCUUCUUCGACCUGCACAUCGAUAGACGCUUCCAGACGUACGACAGGAUCCGCACGCGGCUCGCGGUGAUGAAAGUGCAGCGCACGUGGAGGAAGAUUCUCGCACGCGCGUGCGAGGUGCCUCUCGGUUUGCUAGAUCUCAUGCGGCCGGGGUAUCUCAGAGGCGUGGGAGGGAUCGUAACGAGAGCUGUCCACCACCCACCAUUUUGGGUGCAGCAGCAGAUUUCGGAAAUGUACACAGCCAAGUUACGGACAUUGUGA